CAUACCCCUCAAUCCAGAACAAACACACACACAUACACACACCACCGCCACCCCACCCCCAUAUUUGGACGGCGCAUACAUAGCUAAAAACGAAGUACAGUGCUACGCCAUAAUUCACUAAUACAUCAUAAAUCGUUGAAAGUACCCGCGUUAUAACGACCAGGAGAAAUCUAACAAAUCAAGCGCCCCUUAGUCCUCGCUGUAAGCCUGCAACUCUCUAAAACAACCUAAAUGAGCUCUUACUUUGUAAACUCGUUCUCGGGGCGCUACCCAAAUGGCCCCGACUAUCAACUGCUAAAUUAUGGAGCCGGCAGCGGCGCAAUGAACGGCGGGACGUACAGGGACUCUUCCUCCGCCAACAUGCACCAUGCGACGGGCUCGUUCGGCUACAGCUACAAUGGCAUGGACCUGACCGUCAGCAACCGGGGAGGGGGGAGCGGUGGCGGAGCCGCCAACACCGGAGGACACUUCGGGGGCGGCUCGGUCGUCGGGGACUCCCGGGGCUUCGGCUCCCCAGCCCCGGAGACGGGCUUCCGACAGACGUCCAGCUGCUCCCUCGCGUCUGCGGCGGAUUCUCUGCUGUCACCCGGCAGCGGAGACGCCAAACUGGGCGCCCAGAGCUCGUCUCCCCGCUCGGAGCAACCAGGAAGCGGUAAUCUCAGCUCUCCAAACCUGUCCUCCACCUCCUCCUCCGGCUGCGGCGGCGGAGGAAGCACGGCGCAGCAUUUCACGGAGCUGGACGACGCCUCGCCUGACACCGAGGAGUUGCAGCACAACCUGCCGCCCAGGACCGGGCACCCGCAACGCGGGCAAAGGCAAGAGGGCGGCCCGGUGGGAUCAGCCGCCGCCGGCACGACGGGCAGCGACGCUCAACCACCACAGAUAUUCCCCUGGAUGAGAAAGCUGCACAUUAGCCAUGAUAUGACAGGCCCGGACGGGAAGCGGGCGCGCACGGCGUACACCCGCUACCAGACGCUCGAGCUGGAGAAGGAGUUCCACUUCAACCGGUACCUCACAAGGCGGCGGCGCAUCGAGAUCGCCCACGCGCUCUGCCUCACGGAGCGCCAGAUCAAGAUCUGGUUCCAGAACCGGCGGAUGAAGUGGAAGAAGGACAACAAGCUGAAGAGCAUGAGCCUGGCCACCGCCGGCAGCGCCUUCCAACCCUAAGAAAUGAAAUUUCAAAAAAAUGAAAAAGAAAUCCAUGCGUCCAUCUCUUUGGAGAGGGUUUAACUACCAUGUACAGGCUUCUUCCCAGGAGGGAAAAUACAGACAAAACAGAAAGAUAGAACAUGGAGCAAAAGAAGACGGCGAUGAAGAAACAUAUGUACAAAUAUAGAUCUAGAUUAAAAAAAGAAACACUUCCUUUCUAUCAACGGAGUACUGUACAGCAACGCAGCACUUUUUAUUUGUUCGGCAUGUUGGUGUUUUAGGGCAACGUAAAUAAAAACUGUGGUACUUGCUCUUGUAAAAAAAAAAUCUAAAAAAAACCCCGUAGUGUUCCUGUAUGUUGUUUUAAAAAAUAUAUAUGUCCGGAGCAGAGGAGUCGAGAUAAGGGAAGGAUGAAUAAUGCUACCUAACUAUAUACGUUUCUACUUACGUCCUACCUUGCAACAUUGCUACCUGUUGUUUGAUGUCUGAAUAUCGUUUUAUGUGCCACGUGCGAUGUUUUAUAUUUGACAAAGUGCUUUCUUGAUGUUAACAUGUGAGCUCGUAUUGUAAGUUCAGCCAGUGUGUAGCCUUCACCCUUCCUCUAUAUGUCUGUCUCUCUGUUCCUCGCCAUUCAAAUCUGCUCCUGUUUCUUAUUUGGGAAGCAGGUGUGUGUGUGUGUGUGUGUGUGUGUGUGUGUGUGUGUGUGUGUGUGUGUGUGUAUGUGUAAACAAACAGCCCUGCUAACAUCUCUGUAUCAUGUUGUGUAAAGCUAUAUUAUUCAAAAAAUAGUGUAAAUGUAUAUUAUUGUUAUUAUUGUUGUAAUUAUUGGAUACAUGUUUCAGAAAGGAUGUACAUAGAUAUAUAUUGUCAUUUUCUAAAAUGUGACCAAUUGGCUGUUCCAGUUGCAAUGUGUGUGAGUGAGUGAGUGUGUGUGCGUGCGUGCAUGUGAGGGAAAUGGCUACUGUCCUGUGAGGCAUGUGAGCUUUCUGCCAAUGAGCUUUUUGUAUUUUGUUUGUAACUUGGAGUAAAAACAACAACAACAAUAAAGUUGCCCAUACUCGUCAAUACCAGACGGACUCGAUCAGCUGCUCGUCUGUAGCCAAACUGCACGCACAAAUGGCUUCGUUUUUACACGAGCCAAAAGGGUUUAGGUUUAAGUAUUUGGGUUCAGCUGGAGCAAUGUGCUCGUCCCAAAAAAAUUCAUUUAGAAAAAUCAAUCAGGAGUAUUUGUGCUAGUUUCCGUUAUGUAUUUAUUGUGAAUAAUAUAUUUUAUUAGUAAAUCUGUGCCCGCUGCCAAACUCUCAGGUCGUUUUAUUGCGUCUCGCUGAGAAAUAGCCCAGGAAAGUGUGGAUUUAGCCCUGAAUGGGUCUGGACAAACCAAACCGAGUCCUAUUCUUCUUCUGUACAUCUAACAUCUCAUGCGCAUUUCUGAGCCUGGUCUUGUGCAAAAGCUCAACUCUCAGUUUUCAAUUUUACCAAAUUAUUCAAGCUAGAGGAGAAACCAAACUGCGUCGUGCGUAAAGACGCACCGCGCCAAACAUUCGUCCGGAGGCCCCGCAAGCCUGUUUUUUCCAGGCCUGGUUUUAACCCUGAACGCCACAUUUCCAAGGCAACAACCUCCUAGACAUCAGCAGCAUCACAGCGUCCUGCUCGACAAUCACUAAACAAGCUGCAUAAAAUACACACGCAUACACACAGAAAACACACAAGCCAAUCUCCAUCCCUGCUGAACAAGUCUGACAAGACAACAAACUGCCCGCGGUAGACAAAUUGGUCACUUUUCUCGAAACAGCCUCCCUUUCCGUCCUAUAACGGAGGUCACUCCCGGCCAAAUUAGGUUACCGUCUCCGCCUUCCAACUGUAAACAACCAACUGAACUUUUAAACUCACCGACUGAUGCCGCUUCAGCUUCCAUGCGCAUACACGGCUAUUUCUGAGCUGAUGGAGGGGAGGUGGCGUGGGGGGUACGAGAU